GUUUUAUGAGACAUCAGUAGAUGAAAUCAAGGUCUCCCAAUCACAGGACAGAGAAACAUCCAACUGCACAUUAAACAGGAUUGCUGUUUGUGAGCUGACAAAAACUGAGAAGAUGAAUAACUUUACAGUGAACUUCACCAUACUAGAAACAUCCACAAACUCCUCUACUCAAUCCAUCGGGCCACUGGACCUUCUGGAAGCCUGUAUGUACAGCAUCGGUUUCAUGUUUGGAGUUCCAGCAAACGUGUAUAGUUUAUGGCUCAUCAUCACAGGAACUAGUAGUGGAGUUGCUUCUGAGUUCUUCAACUUCAAUCUGCUGGUCUGCGAGACAGGCAUCUGUCUGAAUUAUUUAUUCACUGUUCUGCCAUUUUUCUUUUCAAAUCUUGCAUUUUUACCACUGUUUCUACAAGGAUUGAACAUGGCUGGUCGUGGUCUGUUUCAGAGUCUGAUUUGUGUUGAGCGUUACCUGGCAGUGGUUCAUCCUGUAACCUUUCUGAAGUACAAACCCCUCAGAUAUAGAGUGAUCUGCUGUGCUUCAUCCUGGAUGAUAAUUCUUGGCUCUUGUUUUUAUAGUUUAUUUAUAAUAGUCUCAAAAGAUGAUACUGCACGUGUGUGGUGCCUUUCAAUACUGUCCCUCUUCUUCUUCUCCAUCCAGUUGUUUUGUCUUGUGGCUGUUCUCAGAGUUCUGAAGCAGUCAGGACCAGGAGAGAGAAAGAGACAGAGAGAGGAAAACUCCAUGAAGAGACGAGCAUUUUAUCUCAUUCUUUUAACUAUUAUUAGCAUGGUUGUCUCAUAUGUGGCAUUAAUGUUUACAGGAUAUUCCGUAAUUCUGGCCCAGAACAAUGUUCAUGUUUACUGGGUCCCUAGCACAGUUUGUUUUGUUCUCUCUGGUUUUGUUCAGCCUGUUCUUUAUCUGCACCGUGCUCGAAAGUUCUCAGUUUCUUCUUGCUUUUGCUCCAAUUAAAUCUGAUUUUUGUCUGAUCCAUUAUAUUUAUAAAACAGUUUUAAAGUGUUUACUAAUGAAAUUGCUAGCAUGGAAAU